GGCAUAUUAUCGCGAGAAUUUGGUACUCCGCAAGCUUCUGCCAGUGUCUGGAUGGCGAUGAGACCACGCAGAGCGUAGCAACCUGGGGUCCGCAAGACAGUCUCUCUAGUCGCAGGAUGGCGGAUGGUUUUAAUAUUGAUAUCAUGCUGAUGUCACAUGCCCUGGAAAAGUUUGCAUAAAAUUGGAAUUAUCUGUUCCUUGAAUGUUUGCAACAUUCACAUGUGAAACCGUCUGAAUUUGUACAUGAUUGGCGCUAUAGCUUGGUGAUGUGCCCUUCAUUGGAUUUACCAGCAGAUGGCAUCCACAAGCCACCUAUUGCCAUCAGUGCAGUUUUCUCCAACUUUGUCUAUGUGCUUUGCUCACCUACUGCUUGUCUCAUUUUGAGUGAAAAUCCAGAGAAAGACAGUUAUCAGCUGAGGUAUUGACAAUGCAGCCACAGGAGUUAAUGACCUUCAAAGAUGUAGCUGUUAACUUCACCCAGGAAGAGUGGGCAUUGCUAGACACAUCCCAAAGAAAGCUGUUCAGAGAAGUGGUGCUAGAGAAUAUCAAUCAUCUCAUCUCAGUAGGGUAUCAGGUCUGCACAUCAGAUGUGCUUUCCCAGUUGGCACAAGAAGAGGAGGUGUGGACAGAAGGAAUGGGAUUUCUCCAAAACCAGAACCCAGGCAGGAAAAGUGACUGUAAACAGCCAGAAAUAGCAUUCAUGCAACUCACCUGCAGAAAAGAAAAUUCUACCAUCAUGCCAUUGCAGGUAUCUCAUACUCAAAAGAAUUCCAUUCAGUGUAAUUACUUGCAAAAGGAUUCCACUUUCAGACCCACAGUGACUCCACAUGCAUCAAUUCCCAUGAGAAAGAAACAAUAUUUAAGCAAACCACUUGGAAAAGACUUCAGUGACCAGUUGUAUUUUAAUCAACAUAAACAGAUUCACAUUAGAAGUAAAUCAUAUGAAUGCCAUCAAAGUGCUAAAGCCUUUAUUAAAAGCACUGGCCACAGACAACACAAGAGUAGUCAAACUGGAAAUCAACCACAUGAAUGCCUUCUAUGUGGGAAAACUUUCAUUAGUUUUUUUCAACUUGGACAACAUGAGGAGACUCACACUGGAGAGAAACCCCAUAAAUGCCAUUUAUGUGAGAAAGCCUUUCAUCAAAAUUAUCAUCUCAUACAACAUGAGAGAACCCACACUGAAGGGAAACCCUAUGAAUGCCCUACCUGUGGGAAAACCUUCAGUAAAUAUUAUUACCUUAUAGUACAUGAGAGAACACACACUGGGGAGAAACCCUAUCAAUGCCAUACCUGUGGGAAAACCUUCAGUCAAUAUUGUCAUCUCAUCAGACAUGAGAGAACCCACACUGAAGAGAAAAAUUAUGAAUGCCAUACCUGCAGGAAAACCUUCAGUCAAUAUUGUUAUCUUAGAGCACAUGAGAGAACUCACACUGGGGAGAAAUGCUAUGAGUGCCAUACCUGUGGGAAAGCCUUCAUUCGUUGUUCUAACCUAAGAACACAUGAGAGAGUUCACACUGGACAGAAACCCCAUCAAUGUCAUGUAUGUGAGAAAGCCUUCAGUCGAUAUUUUGAUCUUAAACGACAUGAGAGAACACAUACUGGAGCAAAACCCUAUCAAUGCCAUAUCUGUGGGAAAAGCUUCAGUCAAUGUUGCCAUCUCAUACGACAUGAGAGAACCCAUAUUGAAGAGAAAAUCUAUGAAUGCCAUAUCUGUGGGAAAACCUUCAGUCAAAAUUCUUACCUUAGGCAACAUGUGAGAACACACCCUGGAGAGAAACCCCAUGAAUGCCAUACCUGUGGGAAAACCUUCAGUCAGUAUUGUUAUCUUAGAGUACAUGAGAGAAAACACACUGGGGAGUAACCCUAUGAAUGCCAUCACCAUGGGAAGGCCUUCAUUGUUCUAACCUAAGAACACAUGAGAGAGUUCACACUGGACAGAAACCCCAUCAAUGUCAUGUAUGUGAGAAAACCUUCAGUCAAAAUUCUUCUGUUAAGACAUGAGAGAACACACAAGAGAAACUGUAUGAAUGCCGUACGUGUGGUAAAGCCUCAUUCAUUGUAAUACUCUUAAGAGAACAUGAGAGAACUUACAAUGGAGAGAAACCCCAUAAAUGUCAUGUAUGUACAGAUGCCUUCAGUAUUACGUUAGACUACAUAAGAGAGCACACACUGGGGAGAAACCCUAUGAAUGCAUACCUGUGGUAAAUCCUUUGUUGUUAUACCUUAAGAAGGCAUGAGAGAACUCACUCUGGAGAGAAACCCUAUAAAUGUCAUGUGUGGGAGAUACUUCAAUAUUCUGUUGUGAGACAGCAUGAGAGAACUCACACUGCAGAGAAACCCUAUGAAUGUCAUCUAUUUGGGAAAGCUUUCACUCAGUUCUCAGGCAACAGAAGAGAACACAGUGUACAGAAGCCAUAAGAAUGUAAUCUUUAUGGGAAAGCCUUAAUUCUUCCAACUUUAGACAACAUGGAAUUAUUCAAACUUGAUUGAAACCCUAUGAGUGUCAUCAAUGCGGGAAAGUUUUCAGUCAACAUUCUGACCUUAGAUCAAAUGAGAGAAAUCACACUACACAUGUUUUGAAUAUGGAAGAGAAUUCAGACAUAGCUUUAACUUUUAAACAAAUUAGAGAAGUCACACACUUAAGAAAUACACUUUGUAAUAUACAUGAUAUGUCAUUUGCCAUCUGUACUAUUUCAGUUAAUUUAAAGAAACUCAUAUGGGAGGGAAUCUGUACAAAUGUCACCUAUGUAGCAAAGCUUUUAGAGAAUGGUCUGAUGUAUGGUACAAUACAUAAUAUAAAUCUAAUGGCAGUGGAAUGUCAUCUGCUCUGAUAAGCAAGCCAGAGAAAUUACAUGAGAAAUGCUAUGUUCUCAAUGUAAGAGUGCCUUAAUUUGUAAUUUAAUCUUUCAAUAAAAUAAGAGGUAUCUGUAGGAAUUAAACACUGGGACUGUAAUUACUUUG